UCCAAGUUUCAAGACGCGGGUUGAGAGCCCCGAAGUGGGAGGAGGAGUUCUCCUCUUCGCAGGGAGAUCGCAGAGGGAGAGGAGAGGGAAGCUCGUAAACCCUCCAAGCGACGCUCGGCGCGGAGACGGAGAAGGGCAAGCCGUGAAACCAAACAAAGCGCGGCGGGGGAGCGAAGAAACCCGAUCCCGGCGCCGGAGCGGAGGACGAGGAGUUGCAAGAAGCGCAGACGGCGCGGGAGCGCAAAGCGGAUCGCGAGCCCGGGAAAGCAGCGGCCCGCCCGCCGAGGCGCCCGGGACAGAGUCGUCCCUCUCCCGUCUUGGCCUCUCCACGCGUCGCGGCUUCGUGCGCCCUGCGCCAAGCGGAGUCGGAGCAAGGAACCCGGGAGAGGCGCUGCGGGGAGCCUGCGGAGCGCGGACGGACGGAGGCCAGAGCCAGGGACUCCCCGAUGCGGAGCAGCCCGGCGCCCGACCCGUUCGGAACUCGACCGCUUGGCGCAAGAUGCGUUCCCUCCGACGGCCCACGAAUCGGCGAGCUGCGCUUCGGAGCGCCUCUCUCUUAAAGGAGGGCAGAUUGCAGGUGGUUGUUGGGCAAAGACUGGAAGACCCCGAAGCCAACUGCGGCGGAUGGCGGCGCCUUUGCUAACGAUGACCUGUGGAUGACCUAAAGGCAGUGGGAGGUGGUCAAGCUGCAAGAGCCAUGAAGAACGAUAACCCUACAGGGAAGAAGCCGGGAGGACGUUCCCGAUGGCGCCGGCGUAGGUUCAGGCGCAAGGUACCAUCCGAGGUGACUGUGAAAGGACAGCUGCGGAUGCGCUCCCCCUCGGGGGCCUUUGUGAUGGUGGGUGUCUCGGUGGUCCUGGUUGGCAUGACCAUAGCCGUGAUCGGGUACUGGCCUCACCGUGGUCCGUACGGGGCAAGGUCCGGAAGUCGGCCGGGGAACACAAGCGCUGCGGAGGAUAUCAAGAAGGAAGUGAAAGUCUCUCCUCACCCCCGCCUCUUCCCACACAGUGAGAAGCUAAAACUGAUUGGCCCCGUUAUUAUGGGCAUUGGUCUCUUCAUCUUCAUCUGUGCCAACACCAUGCUGUACGAGAACAGGGAUAUGGAGACCCGGCUGCUAAUGCAAAGGGAGCUCUACUCCCUGACCCUGGGACUCCCCCAGGACACAAGCCAGGUCAGCAGCUACUUUCAGCGGAGGCUCACCCCGUCCACCUUCGAGGCCAACACAGAAUGCAUGGAAGGUUGCUAUGAAGUGGACCUCUCGUCCAGUGGCUUCCAGUCCUGCCCCAGCCCUGUGAAGAAAUGGGCUAAUGCUUACAGAGCCAACAGGCUCCAGACAACGGCUCAGUUUCUUCACCACGUCUCACCUUCCGCUUCCCUGGUUAGCAUUCGCUCAGACUCUGGCAACUCUGCACGAGGGAAUGCCAGUCUGUCCUUCGCUCACAGACCAGAGUCGGUCAUCUCCUCAGCAGUCAAUGCCCUGUCGCUGCCUCUCAUUAAGCUCAACAACUGUCUUCUUGAAAACCAGGGGGUCUCUCCAGCCCAGGCCUUGGAUGGCAAUUGCAUUCACUUGCCAGAGGAGAAAGAGGAAGUGCUAAGGCUCUCGUGGACUGUUUUACCCGGUUGCAGCAGCAUCACUUCCAGUCGAGAUGACCUCCACGGCAGCCACAUCGUUAUUGAUAUGGAUAGCGGCUCUCCCUCUGCUGCCUCUUUCAAAAAACUUCUGUGUGCCGAAGGCACAAAGAGAGAGUUUAGUUCAGACACUCAGAUCUCUAUUUCGGGUCACUCCAAAUCCUUGGAUCUCGGCCAGCCAGGUGUGCAAUUGGUGGCCCCAGUCAAAGAAAGGAAACACAGGAGUUGGCCUAGGCUUGACCAGAUUGGGAUAGUCAACUAUGCGAAACUGGGAAGUAGAGGCGACUCCUCUGAUCGGCUUUUGGAGGCAGCCAGGGAUCUUACUGGAGGUGACAGUGGACAGAAUUUGCAGGAGGUUGAAAAGGAAGCAGGUGCCGGGGUCUGAUUCAGCUGCAGGGGCUCGUGGAUGUUGCUGAUAUCUAACUGUUAUUCUGCUGGGUCAUGUCGAGCAUUUCCAAGAGUGGAUGGGUACGCACAAAAGUAUAUUUUGAAAUUAAUUUAGCGGCAAUGGCUGUUCAGUCAAGGAGAAAUGCAUCCAAUGCUCCUUGAGGGAUUGAUUUUCUCAAGGGGCUGUUUCCUUCUUGCCUUAUAUGAACCCACUUCAACCUACCUUCCUUUUUUUUGCCUGUGAAAAUCCUUGAUAAAGAAAUGGAAAUACAAGUCCUACUUUUUUGAGGGGGGAUCUAGGUGGGGAACUGCUAAUUCUUGGUAAAGCGCCCACUAUCUCCUCUUUCAACAAACACGUUUACUAGAGCUGUGACCAUUCCCCCUGGGCUGAGAAAGAUCUAGUGCUUCCUAAGGUAUGAAGACUGGAUUUUGGAAAAUCAUGAGAUUAUAAUGUUUUGUAAAUGGAUUCUUCUUUCUAAGCUUUUACAGUCAGUGUUUGUGGGCUUUUCCCUCUCCACGUUGAGGAGUGAGAUUUUUUAAAGAAUUUUUUAAAAAAAAUGUAUUUGUGCCAAUCUGUUAAUUUGGGCUAUGAGAAAGCUGAACAUUUCUAGGUAAAAUCCUGCAAAUUGGUGAAUCUUCCAGGACUUUUAGCGAAUCAUGGGAUAUGUACAACCAAACAGGGAUAUUAAAUGAUUGUCUCUCUGCUGCCAAGGUCUUGAGUCAGUUAAAUGACCAUGUGUUACUUCUUUCCAAUCCAAACUUACUAGCUGGCAGUAGCAGAUAUUGUCUCCUAUCUUCCCUAGUUUAGUUCAUGGAGAUGUUUGUUUAGGAAAGAAAAGAGAACUGAAGAGGGGGCAAGUCAGAGGUUUAUAAAAUUACGUGUGAU